AUGACGGCCCUUGCAGCUAGCUCAGAAGGAACGGGAUUGAAUCCUAUGUCGUUCACGGAUCAGCAUGGAAGUGUCGUACUUGAACGUAUGCGCUAUCAAAGAGAGACGGGUAGAUUUUGCGACGUCUGCAUAGUCGUCAAAGAUAGGCAGUUCUCUGCACAUCGCAAUAUCUUGGCGUCUUGUAGUCCAUAUUUCGAUUCUAUUCUGAAGUCCACAAAGGUGACGAAGGAACAGGUGGUUGUGAAUUGUCAACAUCCGAAGGCUUUUGAGCUUUUGCUCAAUUAUAUGUAUAGUGGCUGCGUCGUUAUUGAUCGCACUACUGUAGCUGAGUUGCUCCGCUUAGCAAAUAAUUUCCUGGUAACCAAAUUGAAGAACUACUGUGCAGAGUAUCUCGACAGAUAUUUGGAUGCAGCCAAUUCAUUGUCUGUGCGACAGCUUGCCACCAAGUACAAUUUGCCUUCAUUAUUGAAGGCAGCGUCAGAGUAUUUCGAUGUCAACAUAAACCGAUGUCUUCUUGAGUCCGUAGACAUUUUAAAAUAUCCGAUGCAACAGUUGCUCAAAAUAUUGGAAGAUCCGAAGUACCAGGAUGUCAUUAGUCCUGAUGUUUACCUGAAGUAUGUUUGA